CAAGAUGGCGGCGGCUGAGGUGGAGGCUGCGCUGGCGCUGCUGAGCCGGGUCGCUGCGCUGGAAGAGCCUCUGGAGGAGCUGCGGGCCCUGCGGCUGGCCGUGCAGGCUCUGGCCCCCGCCGCCCUCCGCGAGCGAGGGCCCCGCUACCCCUUGGCCGGGCUCUUCGUCCUCAUGGCCCGCGGGGAUACUGAGCAGAUCUCUUUAUGCGUGUCAAUCUUGGAGAGAUUCCUGCAGGUCAUGGAUCCCUUGGAUGUAAUCCAAAACUUUGGGGAGGAACUUCAGAAGGGACUCUUUCACCCGGAUGAUUCAGUCAAAAUUCUGACCAUCUCCCAAGUUGGAAGAGUUGUUGAAGACGCUGUUGCUGUGAGAGAAAUCCUUAACACUCCUGAAUUAUUGAGGCAGAUUGUCUAUUGCAUUGCUGCCGAAAAAAUAGCAGUGGCGAAAGAGGCCAUCAAAUCUUUGUCCAGGAUAGCCCAGUCACCAGAGGGCUUGGAAGUUUUGCUGGCGGGGAAUCUGCUCAUCGACUUGAAAAACGUCAUGGCGAAGAGCGACAUCAUACGUUAUCGCGUGUAUGAGCUAGUGAUCAAUAUUUCCUCUACGUCGGUGGAUUCCCUGAACUACUGUGUGAACAGCGGCUUACUAUCGGAAAUGAUCGAGGAACUGACGGGAAACGAUGUGCUUGUCAGAGUGACCUGCAUUGAGAUGGUGACCUCACUGGCCCAAACUCAUCAUGGACGGCAGUAUCUCUCCCAGCAAGGCAUCAUCGACAAGAUUUCCAAUAUAAUCACUGGAGCCGAUUCAGAUCCCUUCUCCGGUUUCUACCUGCCAGGUUUUGUUAAGUUUUUUGGCAACCUGGCCAUCGUGGACAGCCCUCAACAUAUCUGCGAGCAGUACCCUGCCUUCGUAGGGAAGGUCUUCAGCAUGGCCGAAGGCCAGGACCCCACCUUGUUUGGCGUGGCGGUGGACACGCUCGCAAUCUUGGGCUCCAACGUUGAGGGCAAGCUGGUGCUCCAGAAGACAGGCAGUCGGUUCCAUCGCGUGCUAAACAGAAUCGGGCACCAAAUCAAGAACGCCCCGACGGAGACGCGAAUCCGAUGCCUGGAUGCUAUUUCAUCUCUCUUGUUCUUGCAACCUGAGCAGCAAACGGAAGACCUCCUUCGGAUGACUGAAUUGUGGUUCUCCUCUCUCUCCAACCAGCCCUUGGAGCUGUUCAAAAGCAUCAGCACUCAGCCCUUCCCCGAUCUCCACUGCGCAGCCUUGAGGGUUUUCACUGCCAUUGCAAAUCAACCUUGGGCUCAGCAGGAAAUGUUGGCCAGUCCUGGCUUUGUGGAAUACAUGGUGGACAGAUCCGUGGAACCGGACAAAGCUUCCAAGGAGGCCAAGUACGAACUUGUCAAGGCUUUGGUGAGCUCAAAGACAGCUGCAGAAAUCUUUGGAAACCAGCAUUACUUGAGACUGAAGACUUAUAUGCGCGAGGGGCCAUAUUACAUCAAGGCUGUCUCAACUAUCGCUGUGGAAGGAGCUGAGUAACCUUGGACGACAUCAUUUUAAGCGAAUUCCAAGAUUGACCAAAUGUUCUGGAUUUCUGGAAGAUGGGGCUGGCCUGUUGAUUUGUAGGAAGGGCAAAGAAAGUGUGGAUAGCAUUUAACUUGGUAUGAGUUUCUUGUUUUUUUUUUCAACAUUGAAACAGCAGGAAGUUGGUUUGAAAUAUAGAGAUGUUUCUAGGUAUUUUCCAAAUGGAAAACACGGGCUCUACCAUUUCGCACUAAAAAUCCAAGAGCACAGGAAAGGAAACUCUUAAAAUAUAUAUUUUUUUAAAAAAAAACAUUUUCCCCGGGAUAACGUUGCAGGAUCCUGGGAGGCCCGUAUAUUCGCCUUCAUUUGUGAAAAACAUUUUUUGUUGUUGUUGUGGAUCACACAGGUUUUACCAUCUGCACAGAGUGACUGAUUUUUUCCCCCAAUCACACCUGCAGUGUUGUUUUUCCGACGUUCCAAUUUUUGGCCACGACCCAAAACUUUGUCCGCACAACUUUACGUAGGGAAACAAAUACAUGGAUUUAAUCCGGGUUCUUAAAAGCAAGUUAGGCAGAAGAGUAAAGAAUAUAUCUUACAUAAAAGGCUAAGUAAAUCACCAUUAAAAAAAAAAGUGCUUAUUUCCCUCCGCCCCCCUUCUCUCGCCCUUCAACUGUCCAUCCUCCAGCUCUUAAUCUCAACCCCAGGAAAGUAUAAAUUUAUGGUGCCUCACUUCUCAGAGACUAAUCCCAACAAC